AUGAACCAGUUUAAAGAGUUUGGACUUCAUGCUAUGGGCACAGAGGGUAUUCAUGUUGUGAGCAGUGGAAUGAUGGAGAGUGCUUAUGCAGGCAAGGAUUUAGAGGAGCAGUUGCGGUCUGUGUCGAGUGUCGAUGAACUCAUGUCUGUACUCUACCCAGAAUAUUGGAAAAUGUACAAAUGUCAGCUGAGGAAAGGAGGCUGGCAGUAUAAUAAAGAACAGCCCAAGCUCAACACAAGGGCAGAAGAGACUGUAAAGUUUGCCGCAGCUCACUACAAUGCAGAAAUCCUGAAAAGUAUUGAUAAUGAGUGGAGAAAAACGCAAUGCAUGCCACGGGAGGUGUGUAUAGAUGUGGGGAAGGAGUUUGGAGCAGCAACAAACACCUUCUUUAAACCUCCAUGUGUGUCCGUCUACAGAUGUGGGGGCUGCUGCAACAGUGAGGGGCUGCAGUGCAUGAACACCAGCACGGGCUUCCUCAGCAAGACGUUGUUUGAAAUUACAGUGCCUCUCUCUCAAGGCCCCAAACCAGUAACUAUCAGUUUUGCCAAUCACACUUCCUGCCGAUGCAUGUCUAAACUGGAUGUUUACAGACAAGCCCACUCAAUUAUUAGACGCUCCCUGCCAUCAGCAUUACCACAGUGUCAGGCUGCCAACAAGACGUGCCCCACAAAUUACAUGUGGAAUAGUCACAUCUGCAGGUGCCUGGCGCAGCACGACUUUAUGAUGUCCUCAAAUGCUGGCGAUGAUGGACUCCGUGGCAUCUGUGGCCCCAACAAGGAGCUAGAUGAAGAUACCUGCCAGUGUGUGUGCAAAGGGGGCCUUCGGCCUUCCAGCUGUGGACCCCAUAAAGAAAUAGACAGGAACUCAUGCCAGUGUGUGUGUAAAAACAAACUUUUCCCCACCUCAUGCGGAGCCAACAGAGAAUUUGAUGAAAACACAUGCCAGUGUGUGUGUAAAAGAAGCUGUCCAAGAAAUCAACCACUAAAUCCUUUAAAAUGUGCCUGUGAAUGUACAGAAAAUCCACAGAAAUGCCUGUUACAAGGAAAGAAAUUCCAGUAUCAGACGUGCAGUUGCUACAGACGACCGUGUACAAAUCGACUGAGACAUUGCGAGCAGGGACUUUCAUUUAGUGAAGAAGUAUGUCGCUGUGUCCCUUCAUAUUGGAAACGACCACAUGUGAACUGAGAUCCUACUGUUUUCCAGUUCAUCAUUUUUCUACCAGGAAAAAAAAAAUGGCGGUUACCACAUCAGAACUGUCUGGGAACACAGAGACCUUGUGGGACCAUGGUGACAAAGAUAAAAGUCUGUUUUUAACCGUGUGGAUAAUUUUACAGAAAUGGACUGGAACUCAACUGUAAAAGGCCUCUUUUAAAGACUGGUUUUCUGCCCAACAGCUGAGAUUUUGUGAUUUUUUUUAAGAAGAAAGAAUAAUGACUAUAUAAUUUAUUUCCACUAAAAUAUUGUUUCUGCAUUCAUUUGUAUAGCAAUAACAAUGGCAAAGCUCACUAUUUUGAUCAAUAUUUUUAUAACAUGCAAAUAUGUUUAAAAUAAA